ACGCUUCCUCACACCGGAAGUUAGAUUGAUGUGCUUUUGUUGUCUUGUGUUCAUCUCGCCGCGUUACUUCUUUAGUAUUAUCUUCGUUUAUGAACAUGGAUUUUCAGUGAUGUGAUAUAAUAUAAUCAUUUCCUGAUUCGAUAAAGAAAUACUGCUGUGGACAUUUAUGAGUCUGCGGUGUGUUCAUGCUCAUCCGCAGGGAAUAAUCGCGAAGAGUGUUUAAAAUAGAAAUAAAAGAUUAAAUGACAUUGAAUCAACAGAGUUCAAUAAGAGUAAAGAUGAGUUUGGCGAACAGCAGAGAUCAGCGCAGCACUGCGGGCAGCCGCAUGUCUAAACUCCUGGACGCCGAAGAAGAAGAUGAGUUUUAUAAAACCACAUACGGAGGAUUCAAUGAUGAGUCUGGAGAUGAUGAAUACAGAGGUGAUCAUUCAGACACUGAAGAUGAGGUGGACAGUGAUUUUGACAUUGAUGAGGGAGAUGAACCAGACAGUGAUCAGGAGGACGACGCUCCCCGCAGAAAGAGCCGUGUCGUCACUAAAGCUUACAAGGAGCCUCUGAAGGUCUCCAAACCCAAAGUGAAGCGAGUGUCUGAAGAACCGAAGGCUGAACGAACCAAACCUGAGAGACGCCCCAUUCAUGAGCUCCAGGAGUUUGAAGAGAUCCGUAAGUCUGUGCGUAAGUCCACAAGCGAGCACACGCGCAAAACAAACCAGCGUCUUCAGGAGCGUCAGCAGGAGGCCCCGAGGAAGAGAAAAGGAACUCUGAAUGAACACGUGCUGACACAAGACGAGCUGCUGGCCGAAGCCAAACUCACUGCGGAGAUAAACGUGCGAUCACUGGAGAAUUAUGAACGCUUGGAGGCUGAUAAAAAGAAGCAUGUACAUAAAAAGAGAAAAUUCGAAGGGCCAACGAUCCGCUAUCACUCAGUGCUGAUGCCUCUUCUGCCCGACACACUGACCAAAGAGGAAAACGUGGAUGUGGAAGGAUUGGAUCAAGACACACCCCAACCCACGCCUACCUCCUCCUCGUCUGUGCAGGGGGCGGGGUCUCUGUGCUCCCGCACGUACAUCACUUUCAGCGACGAUGAUGCGUUUAACUCCGCCUUCCCCGCGUCAGCUGGUGUCACCCCGUCCCAUCCCGUUCAGGAGGUAUGUCCUGUUACCCAUAAGCCGGCGCUGUAUCGGGACCCUGUGACAGACAUCCCGUACGCAAACGCUCGAGCUUUCCGCAUCAUACGAGAGGCUUACCAGAAAUACAUCACAGCUCACGGCUUCCCCAACGCUUCUGGAAACUUCAGUGGGAACAACGACACUGAUUCGCCGGCAGCGAGCGCCGCCAAGAGCGCCCGACCCAAACUCACCAUCAAACAGGGUGUGAUCGCCACCUAGACACAAUCACACCCAUAAUUCCUGAGGUCUCACAUUAUAUCUGGUUUAACAGACGUCGUGUGCUGACGGAGCUCAGAGAUGUGUUCGCCUGUUUGAUUAUUUUCUGAGGACUUUAACACUCUUCACCAGCGUUUGCUAACUUUUGAUUUCUUACCAGUAUUUUUUACUCCGGUUUAUAAAGUUUCCAGUCAAAAUGGCAAUAAACUGAUGUUUAUAUUUA